GUCUGUUCGAGAAAAGUAUAUACUGGAGGAAAACGAAUUGUUUAUUUAAUUAUAAUUAAAGGAGAAUGUCUAAGAAUUCGCACAAAGAACAUCUAUCUUCAUAUUUGACGAAACAUCGUGUAAAGCCACGGGAAAAUGAUACAAGGAGUAAAAUACCUUCCAAAGAGAGUGGAAAGGUGCCAGCAAACGAAGACAAGCUUGCUCACACUAACAGUAAAACUGCUGGAUAUAAACCAAUAAAGAGGGGCAAAAUAUCAAUUCAGGACAUUCCAGGUGAAAUCAUGAUGACCAUAUUUAGAUACCUGUCACCUCAAGAUCUGAUCCUGGCGUCACAAGUCUGUAAAUCAUGGCACGGCCUGGCUAAUGAUAAUACUCUAUGGAGACCAAUAUUAAAGAAGUACAUGUACUCAGGAACUAAAUCAGAUAGAAGUGAUGGAGAAAUCAAAUCUAAAUCCAUUGAGAGCUUAAAAAAGGACUGCAUGACAAGAUGUAUUCAGCAGAGAAAUAAAAGAGUCUUCAGGCUUUUGAGAAAAAGGAAGAGUCCCUACACAGGUCUUCCAGAAAGUAAGGAGGUGGAACAAGCACUCAAGACAGCUGGUAUGACAUUUGAACUGGUGAUGAUAGACAAAGAUGAUAGGGAACAUACAUUAAGACAUCAGGAUGUAUUUUACCACCCCAUGUCUGUCAGCAUUCGAUGGUUUGCCUUGGAGUUGCCACCUAUAAAUAGCAUCAAGGAGUUUCAAUUGUAUUCAAGGAAUCCUCUCUUUUAUAACCAAGAAACUGGGAAACCAGUGAAAGAAGGACCUUAUCAGAGAUCCUUAUUACUCACACAGGAGUUGAAAUGGGAAGACUGGAAAGGAAAGUCUAUAGGAGGAGAUGAGCUAAUCAGUCUCUACAGCUUACCACAGGGACUAACUAUAGCUAUGUAUAAGGGAGAUGAGGAGUUAGCCUUUGUUUCGUUUGCUCUGUCUUUGGAUAAUUUGGUUCAGAAGUGUAUAUACGGAACACCCAAGGAACCAUUUACAACACCUGAUAAUAAAUGUGUAGAUCCUGGAAUGAGCACAAGACAUGGUUUGUUGGGGUACCAAUUAACGGUACAGCUUAGAUCCUUAAGGAAAGCACAUUGGGAUGACCAGUUUAGGAAUAUUGACUGUAAGGAUGGAAGCAUAAAUGGAGGUUAUGCCAUCUUUUCAGUUGUACGUCCUGACCAACGGAUAAAAAUAAAUAUAGAGGAUUCCUUGUACCCUUGGAAAACAGAUGCCUUUAAAGGGAAAGUGAAAGAUGUUAUGGUGUUGGAUCUAACAAUGUUGGAUGAAGGAAGCAAUGUUUUUUGGACAGCAAGUUCUUUGGUGAAAAUUGAAAGAAAUAAAGACAUUUCAAAAAUGUUUGAUUUUGACUACCGAUAUGAUGGCAUCAUGUCAAUAGAAUAUGCAGAUCAGAAAGGGAAAUUGUAUCUCCAAAUUUGUAAAAUGGACACAGGAGAAAUGUUUCUGACAAAUCUGACUGUAAGAGUCGCAUUAGAAGUGAUUAAUGAGAGAUUUGGAACAAACUAUAAAUCUACUGACAAGUGAUCUGUGAUAGAUUUUGAACAAACUAUAAAUCUACUGACAAGUGAUCUGUGAGAGAUUUGGAACAAACUAUAAAUCUACUGACCAGUGAUCUGUGAAAGAUUUGGAAUAAACUAUAAAUCUACUGACAAGAGAUCUGUAAACCUUUUUUUUAAACAAACUACAUGUAUUAAACUGAUCACAAGUAAUAUGUGAGAUUAUAUUUGCCUUUAUUCACUUUACAUAUAUACAUGUAUACAGCAAGUGAAGUUGUAUCCUGUGGACACAUGGUGCUACAUGUAUUAACUUUUGACAGUGAGUCUUUAUCUCACGUGAGGUCAGUCUCUGAGAGGACAUAUUGUCAUCCAGUGUCAAUCCAUUAUAAAUGAUCAUCAAUCUUGUUUUUAUCUUGCUCAAAAAAAUAUUGUGGAAUCUUAGAGAUUAAAACGUCCAGCUUAAGUUUAAACCUUUCGUUUAUUGGAGUUCCAUAUGCUUUCAAAAAAAAUCAAAACUUUGAAUUCAACACACUUCUACUCCUAAGCAUGCUGUGAAUUCAAUGAAAAAUACUAGAUGUGUUACA